UUCUUAUUUUCUCUGUACAGCGUGAGUGCAUCUCAGUCCAUGUUGGCCAAGCUGGUGUGCAGAUUGGCAAUGCAUGCUGGGAACUCUACUGCCUGGAGCAUGGCAUUCAGCCCAACGGCACUAUGCCAAGUGACAAAACAAUUGGUGGUGGUGAUGAUUCUUUUAACACCUUCUUCAGUGAGACUGGUGCAGGAAAGCAUGUCCCCCGUGCUGUGUUUGUGGAUCUGGAACCCGCAGUGAUAGAUGAAGUACGGAAUGGGACAUACAAGCAACUUUUCCAUCCUGAACAGCUGAUCUCUGGCAAGGAGGAUGCUGCUAAUAAUUAUGCUCGAGGUCAUUACACUAUUGGGAAAGAGAUCAUUGACCUUGUUCUGGAACGUAUCAGGAAACUGGCUGAUCAAUGCACUGGUUUGCAAGGCUUCCUGAUUUUCCACAGUUUUGGUGGAGGCACUGGCUCAGGUUUUACUUCUCUGCUGAUGGAGCGCCUCUCUGUCGACUAUGGAAAAAAAUCCAAGUUAGAAUUUGCAAUCUACCCUGCACCGCAGGUCUCAACAGCUGUUGUUGAGCCAUAUAACUCCAUUUUAACUACCCACACCACUCUGGAGCAUUCCGACUGUGCCUUUAUGGUUGACAAUGAGGCCAUCUAUGACAUUUGCCGCAGGAAUCUGGACAUUGAACGCCCUACCUACACAAACCUCAAUCGCCUUAUUGGUCAGAUAGUGUCUUCCAUUACGGCUUCCCUCAGAUUUGAUGGUGCCUUAAAUGUGGACCUGACAGAAUUUCAGACUAACCUGGUGCCUUACCCCCGUAUUCACUUCCCACUGGUAACCUAUUCCCCAAUUAUUUCAGCAGAGAAAGCCUACCAUGAACAACUCUCUGUUUCUGAGAUCACCAAUGCUUGCUUUGAGCCAUCCAAUCAGAUGGUGAAGUGUGAUCCUCGCCAUGGCAAGUACAUGGCCUGUUGUAUGUUGUAUCGUGGUGAUGUUGUCCCCAAAGAUGUCAAUGCUGCUAUUGCUGCUAUCAAAACCAAGCGCACGAUCCAGUUUGUUGACUGGUGUCCUACUGGUUUUAAGGUUGGUAUAAAUUAUCAGCCACCAACUGUUGUACCUGGAGGUGACCUAGCCAAAGUUCAGCGUGCAGUCUGUAUGCUCAGCAACACCACAGCCAUUGCUGAAGCAUGGGCCCGUCUGGACCACAAGUUUGACUUGAUGUAUGCCAAACGUGCCUUUGUUCACUGGUAUGUGGGAGAAGGGAUGGAGGAAGGAGAAUUCUCAGAGGCUCGGGAAGACUUGGCUGCACUUGAGAAGGAUUAUGAGGAAGUGGGCACAGACUCCAUUGAUGGAGAGGAUGAAGGAGAGGAAUAUUAAAUUUUACAGAAGCAAAAUGCUAAGUCUUUCCCAUUUUACUACUCUUUCUCUAAUGUAAGUGGGAAAUCUAUCAUGAAUAGAAAUCUAUUGUGUUUUAGUAUCCCAUAUCAAACUGCAUGGAAUAAACCUUUUAAUUGGUACCAUUUGCUAUUCUUUGACUCACUCCACCCUACGUAAAUGAACAGAUAAAAAUUCUACAUACUAAUAUCUGUGUUAGUGACCAGCAAAUUUUAAUUAUGAAAAGGAUUGUCCAAGUGCUUAUAUACAAUUUACCAGAGCUUUUAUUCUAUUCCUUUAUUAGAAAUAUUGCCAGUUCAGGCACAAACACUCCAUAUUUGCCUGUUAAAGAAUCUAUGAAUGGAAAUAUAAAAAAUAAAAUGUCACUGUGAAAUUACA